AUGGCCGAGAUCCGCCGAAAGCUCGUUAUCGUUGGCGAUGGUGCCUGCGGUAAAACCUGCUUGUUGAUUGUCUUCUCCAAGGGCACAUUCCCUGAGGUCUACGUCCCCACCGUCUUCGAGAACUACGUCGCCGACGUUGAGGUUGAUGGAAAGCACGUUGAACUCGCCCUAUGGGAUACCGCUGGCCAGGAGGACUACGACCGUCUCCGACCUCUCUCCUACCCCGAUUCCCACGUUAUCCUGAUUUGCUUCGCCAUCGAUUCCCCCGACUCGUUGGACAAUGUCCAGGAGAAGUGGAUUUCCGAAGUCCUGCACUUUUGCCAGGGCCUGCCCAUCAUCCUCGUUGGCUGCAAGAAGGAUUUGCGCUACGACCAGAAGACCAUUGAGGAGCUGCGAAAGACCAGCCAGAAGCCGGUCUCCCCUGAAGAGGGUGAGGAGAUCCGCAAGAAGAUUGGCGGCUACAAGUACCUCGAGUGCUCUGCCAGAACCAACGAGGGUGUCCGCGAGGUCUUUGAGCACGCCACACGUGCUGCUCUCAUGUCCCGCAGCAGCCGUGGUGGCAAGCGCGACAAGAAGUGCCUUGUCUUGUAA